GGGGAAAACGUUUGAGGAGUUGGGAGACAAUUUCAUCUUUUUUUACAAUUUUCUGUUAUUUUGCAAUAGUCUGCUUUUUGGAAGAUCGGGAUCAUGUGGGAGUUGAAAUCCAUCGCCUUUUGGAGGGCAGUGUUUGCAGAGUUUUUUGCCACCAUGCUCUUCGUGUUUUUUGGACUGGGCUUUACGAUGCGAUGGUCUCCGGGCCCCGUGAACGUGCUGCUGGUUUCUCUGGGUUUUGGCUUUGUCCUAGCUGCCCUGGUACAGGCGGUGGGACAUGUCAGCGGAGCGCACCUCAACCCAGCUGUUACCUUCGCUUACUUGCUAGGGGCGCAACUGAGCAUGUUCCGCUGUGUGAUGUACAUAGUAGCUCAGCUCCUGGGGGCAGUGGCAGGGGCAGCUGUGCUGUAUGGGGUCACCCCUCCUGCUGUACGGGGCAACCUAGGGCUUAACACGCUUCAUGCUGGAGUGGGUAUUGGCCAGGGCACAGCUGUGGAGAUAUUCCUUACUCUUCAGUUUGUCCUCUGUAUUUUUGCCACAACAGACAUUCGCAGAAAUGGAUUCAUGGGCUCAGCAGCCGUGAUCAUUGGCUUUUCACUCACUGUGGGUCACUUCUUUGGGCUUCAUUACACGGGAUGUGGAAUGAAUCCAGCAAGGUCCUUUGCACCAGCUGUACUCACUAGAAAUUUUGGAAACCACUGGGUAUACUGGGUAGGCCCUCUGAUAGGAGGUGCUAUUGCAGCUCUGCUGUAUGAUUUUAUCCUGUUCCCCAGGAUGAGAGGUAUCUCAGAGAGAUUGGCUAUUCUUAAAGGAGCUCAUCCCCCAGAAGCUGAUGGACAACAGGAACCCCGGAGUGAUCCCAUUGAACUCAAAACACAAGCCUUAUAAAAGUAGCUUUCUUUUUAAAGAAAGGGGUUUACAACACAAGAACUAUCCUAUCAUCACGAAGUGACAUUGUGAAAUUUACUGUGUUGUUACUGAAAGUGUGCUUGAAAGAAUAUGAAUGCUGUUAAUGUCCCUAAGCAGGGAAUUAUAGUACAGAGGGUAUAUCUAAAUUACUGUACAGACAAAGUUAUCAGAAAAAAAAGCAAAUGGAGAUGAAUUACUCAGAUAUUUUCAACAUUCUUCAAAUUCAGGGUUUGAAUGUAAUAAUUCACUCAUUAAUUGGACAAAAAAAUCCUCACGAGCUUACUUGAUUAUUAAUCAUAUUUUAUAACAGUUACAUUAAAUUUAUAACCUGCUGUUUUUAAAAUGCUCGCUAAUUGCAAAUGCUUUAAAAUAAUAUAAUGGGCUGUUUUGAUGGGACAAAAAUGUAUUUUUUUUUAAUUCUUUAAGUUCAUGAAAAAUGUAAGCAAGUUUAAAUUUUACAGCAGUGAAAGUCUGAUCUAGCUGGUUCAAUCUACCUUUUCUGAAGUAGGAUGGAUUUUUGUAGAUCUUCUUAUAACUUCCUUUUUUAAAAAACUGCUCCCCAUAACAUCACCCAGCCCACCCCCUCACUCUACAACUCCCCAAAAUAAAAUGGAAGUUUACUUUGGAAAAAAAUCGCUAAAUAAGGAAGUGCCAUCAACUUAGUUUUUUGGAAAAUUUCUUUUGUAGCCAAUAGGUCUUAUCAGACAGCUAGUGUUUGGUCCAAUUUUAAAAAAAACUCCCCUCCCACUCCAAGUAGUUUAUAGUAUUUACAUAAUCUGAGAUAUUUUUCACAUGAUCCCAACCCUGUAUUAUAACAGCACCUUCAAAAUAUUUAUACAUAGAUUAGAUUGUCUUUCAAGACAAUUUAACUCUUUUUAAGAUGAUUAUACAAGGGAGCAAAUUGAUUUUGUGACAAAAGACAAUCUUCUGCUUGAUGAAAAGUUAUACAUACAACUACUGACCAUUAUAGUCCUUUCAUUUUGCAAAAUAAAUGCCAGGAAAUUCAGUAUUUAAUUUAAAAAUAGUUUGGAUUGAUGCUCUAUUUCUUGCCUUGCCCACUCACAAGCUGAUUUUGGGUAUAUGCCCUGCAUUUUCAUGUUGCAUCAGCAUAGACUUUGGAGUUACGAGAAUCUGAAAUUUCAAUAUGCAGUGUUAUAAAGACCAUAGAACAAUUUAUUUUAUGGUAGAGUUGCCAGUGUCUUUUUCCACAAAACAUGUCGCAGAACUUGCCUCAAAAUGGAAAAAUAGUGUCUAAUCAAUCUGUGUGGAAAAUGCAACACUGGUCCUUAAUUUUCACAUAAUCUCCAACAUUCUCACAAUUCUCAGUAAAUCUGCACCAUUCAUUUAAUCAGUGAGAUACAAAGAGACAAAGAAAUAUAAUUUUGAAGAUUUAUGGGUUGGGAUGAAAAUUUUUAUUAUGGGGAUUUGAAAGGGUUAAAUCAACUCUUUAAUGGUUGUAGGAUGCCUAUUCAAAAUCUAUAAAUCUGAAAUUCACAAGUUCUAAAUGUUCACCAGAAUAUAUUUGGUAAUAUUCCCAUUGAAGACAUCAUAAUAUAAACUGCAGUUCAGGAAAUCUGCCAACAGUCCUUUACAGUUCAUUUGUAGGGUUGUCCAAGUCUUCUACUCUGCUUGGUAUACCAGGAAACAGAUGUAGACUGACUAUAUUAAUAGAGGGGCAGCGGUUACAACCAUUCCUCAAGGUUUUCUACUUUGCUGCGUAAAGCACUCAAGUUGAUGAACAAUUGUGGGGGAAAGAAAACUGAGUUCUAUUCCUCAUUUUUUUUCUGUUGACCCUUAUUUUGUAAACUCCAAACUAACUCAACAUGUUUAGAAAAUCCAAUGCUGUAUCGUUACAAAUCGUGGAGCACAGGGCUCCCAAACCUGAGUUACAACUCCAAAUCCACACAAACGUCCAAAUAAAACAUUGGGUAAAUCCUGUCACUUCUUGUUAAAGCUGCUAGAUAAGAUUAUUACAUAGUUCAAAUAUUAGCAUCUUGAAGGAUGAAGGGAUGUAUGAAUACUUCUACCUCACAAAGUUAAUCACCAGGACAGCACUGGUGGCACCCACAAAAAGAGUACAGACCUUGUCAAUCAGUUGGCUGCAGUAAAAAGCAGCAUGAUGAGGCAGAAGGGAGAGGAAAAGGUACAAAAAAAUUUUAAAAUAGCUAUGACUUAAUAACAAUGAAUGAACUGAAAGAAUAAUGUCUAUUUUGCACUCUGCAUUGUGCUAAACCUAAUAUUAUAAAUUCAACUGAUUUGUCAACUUAUUCCCCAUUGUGAAUUCCUUCGGCUGCAGUGAAUGGUAACAGGAAAACAAAGUUACUAGGGGAAUAUUCCAAUAACAUUUAGUCAAUUAGCAUUUCUGUAAAUGUGUUUCCCUGUAACAAACCUCUGGAUUUGCACACAUGGAUUUUUUUACAAGCUGUGUGAGAUUUAUGCUUUGUGGUGGUUUUUGGAAGUUGAUUUUAGAAGGAAGAAUACUGCCCUUAUUUGUUUUGGAAUGGAGAUUUUCUUCCCCUUCCCAGUCACCUGAAAUAAAAUGUUAAUUUAACAUUACCACGAUUACUAGGAUCAGUUCUUGUAUUCAAGGGCAAACAGUUUGGACUUUUCUUGCCCUGUUGAGAGCAACUCCUUGCGUAUAAUCACUUUGGUCUUUUUGACCAAAUUUUUUUGAAUUGGGAGUGAUGCUACAGUUGUUAAAAUAGUGCAUCUUUGUGGUAUUGUUAAGGCAUUAUAUUUUGAAUAAAUAAAUUUUGAAAAGUGGCACAGCAUUAUUUCAGUGAAAGUUUAAUUUGGUUGUGAUUGCUUUGAUGAAUUCAUAGUACAUCAAAUGGAAGUAGACUUAAAAUGGCAAGUUAAGUAAAACUCUGAUCAUCCUUAAAAUAUUCAAGAUGUAAGUAAGGAUGCAGGAUGCCUUCUUACCUCAAAUUUUGCACUGAAAUGACAUUAACACGAGUCAGUCAUUUGAACUCUCUGAAUUACUCUGUGCUUAAACUUCCCUUUUUACAAUCUUUGUAGAUUGCUUUAGAAGGGAAGAUAUUUUGUUCAAUGGCAAUGG